GAGAAAGGGAAAUAUUAGAAGAUCUACUAUUUACUCCUGGGGGGAGGAGGGGGAUAGGCAAAGCCACGUUACUUACAGGGACAUUGAGAGACACAGAGCCCGGUCCAUAUAGCAGAAGGCAGUGAGAGGGAGGACAGAGAAAGCCAGACAGCUGUUCAGGCAGCAGGAAGACAGCCCUGACCUACAAACCGCGGCAGAUUUGAAGAUCCAGGAGCCUCUCUCCAGCCAAACCCUGCCUGCUGCCUUUAAGGGUGCUAUAUCUACAUUCCCCCCUCCCCGGCCGGUCGGCGACCACCAGCCGCAGUCAUGAUGAUGAUGUCCCUGAACAGCAAGCAGCCCUUCAGCAUGGCCCAUAGCAGCCUGCAGGACGAGCCCAAAUACUCCCUGCACUCCUCCUCCCCGCACUCCUCAUCCUCGGCCACCAGCUCCCCCAGCAUCAGCAGCGGCAGGACCAGCUCCGGGGGUGGGGGCAGCAGCUCGGAGGCGAUGAGAAGAGCUUGUCUGCCCACCCCACCGAGCAAUAUAUUUGGAGGUCUGGAUGAAAGCUUGCUGGCCCGUGCUGAAGCUCUGGCUGCGGUGGACAUAGUGUCUCAGUGCAAGAGCCAGCACCAUCACCACCACCACCAGCCCCACCACAGCCCCUUCAAGCCCGACGCUACCUACCACACCAUGAACACCAUCCCUUGCACCUCUGCCUCCUCGUCUUCUUCAGUCCCCAUCUCGCAUCCUUCUGGGGUGUCUGGCUCCCACCAUCACCACCACCAUCACCACCACCACCACCAGCCUUUGGAAGGGGAACUGCUGGACCACAUCACCCCUGGCUUGACGCUGGGGGCCAUGACUGGACCUGAUGGAUCUGUGGUGUCCACUCCAGCUCACCCUCACAUGGCCAGCAUGAACCCCAUGCACCAGGCUGCACUGAGCAUGGCACAUGCCCAUGGCUUGCCAUCCCACAUGGGCUGCAUGAGUGAUGUGGACGCAGAUCCAAGAGACUUGGAAGCCUUUGCUGAGAGGUUCAAACAGAGGAGGAUCAAACUUGGGGUGACCCAGGCAGAUGUGGGAGCUGCUCUUGCCAACCUGAAGAUCCCAGGAGUGGGUUCCCUCAGCCAGAGCACCAUCUGUCGUUUUGAGUCCCUCACCCUCUCCCACAACAACAUGAUAGCCCUCAAGCCCAUCUUGCAAGCCUGGCUGGAGGAGGCUGAGAAGUCCCACCGGGAGAAGCUCACCAAGCCAGAGCUCUUUAACGGGGCCGAGAAAAAGAGGAAAAGGACCUCCAUAGCGGCUCCAGAGAAGAGGUCAUUGGAAGCCUACUUCGCCAUCCAGCCUAGACCUUCCUCCGAGAAGAUAGCAGCUAUUGCUGAGAAGCUGGACCUUAAGAAGAACGUGGUCCGAGUCUGGUUCUGCAACCAAAGGCAGAAGCAGAAAAGGAUGAAAUAUUCAGCUGGGAUUUAAAGUA